UAACCUAACAUUUUAAUCAGAUGUUUUCAGUAAAAAUCAGACCGAAUUUCAUUUUUUUUCAAACCAGAAACUUGCACAAGUACAUAUACAGUAUGGACAAGGCAUAUUUUAGAGAAAUAAAAGAAUCAGACCAAUUCCAGUUAACCUUCCAAUACACGAACUCGGAUUUAAAAGUGGACAGACAAUUUAAUUUCUGUCGAAAAUUGAACGAAAGCGCCCAAAGUUUACUUACUAGGGUCACUACAAAUGUAGAGAAAGCGGUUAAUAAAAAGAACAAGAAGAAAAAGGGGGCACCUGAUGAUGGACAAAAGUUAUACGUGAGUUUGUUGCUUAACAAUGAACCAGUUGAAAUGGACACUAUUUGUAGUGAAAUUUUCAAGCCCGAAAAUGAAGUGACUUUGAAUUUGAUUGAUAGGAAAUAUUGCGUUUUAAUAAACACUCCAUGGGUGGAAAAUAUUGCAUUGCCAAGCUCUAUUUUAUCCAACUUUCCUGUGUACUUAAACAAAUUUGAAGCAAUGCACACAGAUCAAGAUUUGUCCUCUUUUAUCUGGUUAAAAUCCAAAGACAAGACUAACUGGACACAAGUUGGGGAAGGCUUUUUUUACACACCCACUAAUGAAGAUAUAGGACAUUAUUUAAAAUUGCAAUGCACACCCAAAAAUCAAACAAAAGAAGGACCAAUGGUUGAAACAGAAUCUACAUGUAUUGUUGAAGCUGGGCCAGGAAUUUGUCAAUUUGAAAUCAGACAUGCUUUUACCACAAACAAAUUAACAGGCAAAGAAUUUAGAGUUGUUUCUUACAAUAUUCUGGCUGAUUUGUACUGUGAUUCAGAUUAUACUAGAGAAACUCUUUUUCCUUACUGUCCACCUUAUGCGUUGUCCAUUGAUUACAGGAAACAAUUGUUUAGAAAAGAAAUUACAGGCUACAACGCAGACAUAAUAUGUUUGCAAGAAGUGGACAGAAAAGUUUAUAAAAAUGACUUACACCCCAUAAUGACCCAGUUGGGGUAUGCUGGUGAUUUUUGCGUGAAAGGUGGGGAAGUUGUGGAAGGACUGACGUUGUUCUACAACACCGCCCGCUUCAACCAUCUACAAUCGCAUCGUAUCGUGUUCGCCGAAAUUUUGGACAAAGAUCCGGUUUUGGCCGAAAUUUGGUCGAAAGUUGCUGUAAAUUCGAAACUGAGCGCUAGAAUUCUAGAAAGAACGACCACGUUGCAACUAAACGUGAUUGAAAGUAUUGAUAACGACGAAGUUUUAGUUGUUGCAAACACCCAUUUGUAUUUCCAUCCGGAUUCGGAUCACAUCCGCCUUAUCCAUGGCGGAGUUGCUAUAAAAUAUAUUGAAAACUUUGUUGAAGAUUUAAAGAAAAAAACGAACAAGAGAAUUUCGCUAAUCUUCUGCGGCGACUUCAACAGCACACCAGAAUGCGGCAUCUAUAAGUUGUACACAACCGGACACGUCCCUAAGAACUUCAUAGAUUAUCAAAGCAAUAAAGAUGAAGCGAUAGACAACUUGGAACUGCAGCAACCCUUUAAACUCGCAAGUGCUUGCGGGACUCCGAAAUAUACGAACUUUACGGCGUGCUUCGCUGAUUGUCUCGAUUAUAUUUUUUAUGAUAGGGAUAACUUGAGUGUUGUGCAAGUAGUACCUCUUCCCAGUGUAGAAGAAUUACAACAAAAUACAGCUUUACCCAGCGUUACUUUUCCAUCAGAUCACGUUGCUUUAAUCGCUGAUCUUAAAUUUAAUUAAUAUUUUAUUAUUUGUAAUGAACAACAUGUUUUUGUUUUGUUAUAAGAGAGAAUAUAAUUUGUUAAUAA